AUGGCGGAUAAUUUUCGGAAAAAUCUUAUUUCUAAAUGCAUUCGCGACAGUGGCACCGGAGAAUUUGACGCUGAUUUGUUGAACGAGGUGAUGAAUGGUACAUCGGACAUUGAUGUUGUUCGGUUGCGAACUUACGCCUGGCGUCACACAAUACCAAGUGUUCAUCGUCUUCAAAUGUAUAAGUACAUGCUUGGAAUUUCGGGAGCCUAUCCAGAAACACGUGAAAUUGUGGCCCAGCACAGACGAGAUGAAGCGUUGGUACUCCUACGAUGCUUAAUUACAACUCGCUUUACUGAAUGUAAACUAGAUAACGAUGAAGUUAUGGAGCCCGGGCCCAACAAUGAUGACAUCGUUAAAAUGAUUCUCCUCGCCAAUAAUCGUCUCACGGACAAUUUUACCAAAGAUGUGCCAACCAUGGUAAUAUCAGCGGUAAGUAUCGCUAUGCUCGAAAGGAAAGUGAAGGUGUAG